CCCUGAAUCAUUCUCAUCAUCACUCUACGUCAACUUGCAGGAACUGUGAACAUAGUCAAGGCAAUAGCCGCGGCUGCCGUCUGUCGAAGAUGUAGCUGUGCAUUCUCCUUACCGCGAUGGCACCUAUGUUUCCAAACCAACAGCUCAGUUUUUAUUUCCUGGACCUCCGGACAGCUUAAACCAUCCGUUAAUCUAGCCGACCAAAGGCUUCUCUGAGGGUAAGAACAUUGAUCUCAGUUGAUUUUGAUUUCCGUCUAUUUUUAAUUUUUCAUUGACUGUUCAACUAUUAUUAUUAUGCACCACGCCCAUGAAAGCCCGGCAACAAGUGGCUAGACAGGCGCAUGGUACAUACAAACUAGGGGGUCAAUGAUUCAGAAUACUUUCGGACGCUUGUCAUUAUCGGCCUGUCGUAGUGGAUGGGACGUAUGAAAAUUCGAGAAAGCGCCCUUUUUUUGCGAAUGGGGUAAAAGUGGGUGGGAUUCUAUAUGCCAUAGGUGUGCUGAUAAUAUCGAAACGCACCCAACAGGAGGGGGAAUCUUUACUGUGCUUAUUUGGAGCUUUUGCUCAUUCUUCAUUCUAUUGCUUCUUCCUAUUCGGUUUUAUCUACCCAAUUCGAAUACCGAGAUACCCACAUUUUGUUUUCGCAACAGCAUCGUCGUUAUUAUUCGACUACCGCAUAUCCUACUGCAGCGAAUUGGGAAAACGGGAUACCCUUCCUAAAAACCCCCGCUGUCUCUGAGCCACGAAUGCAAUCACAAACAAGAAUGGGGGGAUCUACGCCAAUAAUUAAGGGUCUGCUUAUGACCCUUGCUACCUUCUAUGGAAUCUCCACCUUUUUUAGGUAUGGGGUUAUUGCAAUAUGGGCGGGGACGUUCUUUCGUCGGCCGACAGAGAAGGAGAGGCUGGAGCUAUUACUAGCGAAGGACCGCCUCUGGAACCUCUCUAAGCGAUGGGAUGGUUUCUCCCACUACUUCAUAACUCUCCGCGAUGGCUUCAAAUUCCACUAUGUUGCCAAUGGACCCAUCUCAGAAGAUCUAUCGUCACCAAGACUAGGAUCAACACAAACGGAAACAAGGAAACCGCUCGUCGUUUUCGUCCACGGCUUUCCGGACAGCUGGGCGGUAUGGCGACACAUUCUGCCGUCGUCGUUACUUUGGGAGCGCAGCACUGUUGUCGCCGUUGACCUGCCGGGCUACGGCGGGACCGAUUCGCUGGCAACGUACAGCGCGACGCAGGUAAUGGAACAUCUUGCUGAGUUCCUCAUCGCUAUCAGGAGGAAGUAUGGGAUUGAUGCGGAUGAUGAUUAUGACGAAGUCAGAGCAGCAGAUGAGAAGCGGCAGGCUGGGAAGGUGAUUUACGUUGGCCACGAUUGGGGAGCUGUGUUGGGCUUUCGCCUUGCGUCAGAAGCACCGCAGUUGGCGGAUAGGUUUAUAUUGACGAAUGGUCCAUUGGUACCAUUAGCUCAGUCAAAUCUCACUCGAGCAUUGGAAUCCUCGAGGAAAAUGUUUAAAACAUUCUUACGCAACCCAUUCCAGUCCCACAGCCUUCUUCUACGGGCAAUAGCUGGGCUGAAGCCGCUGUUUCGCCAACUAAUCCUAUCUGACUAUAUUUUUGUAUUCCAGAUCCCUAUGCCCAUGGUACGUUAUGUAGGCAAGGGGGGCAACUAUUCGUUUUUGAAAACAUUGCACGUCCUUGCAGCAGGGAAGGUGAUCGAAUUUACCAUUCGGGAUGCCGAAGAAUCCAUGGCCAGCACACUCGGCCCCGGUGCUGCAGAAUUCAAAACCACCACAGCCGAUGGAGACAAGUAUCCAGCCAGCGUCUGGCGACGCAUCGAGAGAGGUAAUUUCGGUGACAUGGCCUCCUACUACCGCCACGGUGCUGCGGUAGGAACCUGGCACAAGUCGCUGGAGGUAAUCUCGGCCCUAUACGGGCUUGGGGAGCCCCGGCGGACUAGCACUGGAAUGGUUAUGCAAGAAGGACCCAUCGGAGCGCUCCGCGCAAAUGCGACCAUUUUAUGGGGAGAGCAGGAUAUAGCCUUGGACCCCCAUGUGGGGCUGGAAGGGAUUGCAGAUUACCUGGUGCAUGGAAGUCAAGUGGUGAUGUUACCGCGGACGGCGCAUUUUCCGCCGGUAGAGAUUGAAGCGCGUGUGGCUAUUGAGAAGGCGGUUGAGUGGGCUGUUGGUGGUGAAAAGGGUGAUGUCGGCGCAGUGGUUGCUGAGGUGUAUCCUGGCGCGGUUGUGACUGUGAGGAAAUGAAUGGAUGGAUGGAUGGGAUGGGAAUGAUACUGAGUGGCCUUGAGCUUACGGAUUGUGGAUUGGAGAAGGGAAGAGAGGAAUUGGAGGGAGGUGUUUGUCGGUUUCCUUGCUUGUUUCCUGGCUUGUUUCCUGGCUUGUUUCCUGCUCCACUGAAUCUGGGUGGAAUUGGGAAGCGAUUUAUCAUGGCAUGUUCAUUUAUGUUGGAAUUGGAUUUUGCGGCAAGUUAGCUACGAGAAACGAUUGUAUUUGCCAUUAUUGCGUUGCAGAAGUAAUCAACAACUCCUCAUGAG